AUGGAGUCUACUUUUCAUCCAUUGUUGAUUUUGUUAUUGGUGGUAAUAACUCUCUCCACCAUCGUUGUCGAUGCUGACACAUUUGCAGCGUAUCCUUUACCUGUGAUCCAUAAACCGCAUAAGAAACCACAUCCAUCGCCUCCACCGCCACCUACAGAGAAUCUUACUCCAAUUUUGUACCAUCUAUUAGCGUCGGACCAUUUUGUGAAACCACCGCCCAUACAGAAGCCUACACCAGCUCCGCAUCAACCAUCGCCGAUACAAAAGCCUGUACCAGCUCCACAUCAUUCAUCACUAUCAGUUGAGGGGGAAUCGCUAGUUGGGGGAAAACUACCGCCUCAUAAAAUUGUGGUGAAACCACCUCCUAAGACACCAUACUAUCCAUCCCCUCCUACUAAGAAGCCUACUCCAACUCCAACUCCGUACCGUCCACCAGUUGUGGUGAACCCACCGCCUAAGACACCACAAUAUCCCUCGCCACCAGUAGUGACACCAUACUAUCCAUCGCCACCCAUUGAGAAGCCUACUCCAACACCGUACAGUCCAUCGCCGCCAAUUGUGGAGAAACCACCGCCUAAGACACCACACUAUCCAUCGCCGCCCGUUGUGGUGAAACCGCCUCCAAAGACACCACACUAUCCAUCGCCACCCACUGAGAAGCCUACUCCAACUCCGUACUAUCCAUCCCCGCCAGUUGUGGUGAACCGCCGCCUAAGACACCACACUAUCCAUCGCCGAAGCCUACUCCAACUCCGUACCAGCCUACUCCAACUCCGUACCGUCCAUCACCACCUGAUCAUUUGGGGAAACCGCCAGUUGAUGAUGAUGUGA